CCGCAGUGCACUGUGGGAUGUAGGAGGUUUGUGGUUGGGAGGGGACCGGAUUCCAUAGCGGAGAGGCACAGUGAUACGAGCUCGGGGCGGGACCGGCGGAAGCUGUGACUUUCCUAUAUCCAGGUGAGGUUUAAAAAAAGAAAGUGACGCAGCAUGUCUCAAACCGGAGAAAAGGUGAAGUUUUCUGACUCUGCUGGCUAUGUUGGAUUUGCCAACCUUCCCAACCAAGUUCAUCGAAAAUCUGUAAAGAAAGGGUUUGAAUUCACCCUCAUGGUGGUCGGUGAAUCUGGAUUGGGAAAAUCAACACUCAUCAACAGCUUAUUCCUCACUGACCUGUAUCCUGAAAGAUAUAUACCAGGAGCAGCAGAGAAAAUUGAGCGAACAGUUCAGAUUGAAGCCUCCACUGUGGAGAUAGAGGAACGGGGAGUGAAGCUGCGCUUAACUGUAGUAGAUACUCCAGGGUAUGGCGAUGCCAUUAACAGCCAAGACUGUUUCAAAACAAUCAUUCAAUAUAUAGAUAACCAGUUUGAGCGCUACCUGCAUGAUGAGAGUGGUCUGAACAGACGGCACAUCAUUGAUAAUCGUGUUCACUGCUGCUUCUAUUUCAUCUCACCUUUUGGACACGGACUGAAGCCGUUGGAUGUGGAGUUCAUGAAAGCUCUUCAUGGAAAGGUGAACAUAGUGCCUGUUAUUGCUAAAGCAGACACCCUGACUUUGAAGGAGAGAGAGAGGCUUAAGAGGAGAGUCCUAGAUGAGAUUGCAGAACAUGGAAUUCGAAUCUAUCAACUUCCUGAUGCUGACUCAGAUGAAGAUGAGGAGUUUAAAGAGCAGACUCGUGUUCUGAAGGCCAGCAUCCCUUUUGCAGUUAUUGGCUCAAAUCAGCUUAUUGAGGUGAAAGGGAAGAAAAUCCGUGGACGGUUGUACCCUUGGGGUGUCGUGGAAGUGGAGAAUCCGGAACACAACGACUUCUUGAAACUUCGUACCAUGCUGGUGACACACAUGCAGGACCUACAAGAGGUCACACAGGAUUUGCACUAUGAAAACUUCCGCUCUGAGAGAUUAAAACGUACUGGCAAGCCUGUGGAAGAGGAAGUUCUAGACAAGGACAUGAUUCUACAGCAGAAGGAGGCUGAGCUUCGGAGAAUGCAGCAGAUGAUUGCUCAAAUGCAAGCUCAAAUGAGGAUGAAGCCCCCUGGGGAUGAGUGACGAGCCCACUUUAAGGUUCCUGGAGCAGCAUAAAACCUUCUGCCGCAGAUGGAAACCUGGGCCCAAGAUGCUGUGGGACCGGCUCAGACAUUCACCAAUUUCUUCCCCCUUUGCUUCUUUCUUCGAUAACCAUGUAACUUUUUUAUGAAUUUUUUUUUUUAUUCACCUAUUUGAUAUUAAUAUCCAGCUUGUAUUGGAGUGCAGAGAGGCCUGUGCUCAUGGUUAGAAGUUUUUAUUCUCUCCAUCUGUUGCAAACAGGAAGAUGCAAGUUUAGCUGCCAGCUGUGUGUGUUUGCACUGUCCUUUUAUUAUCACUUGCUCUGUAAAUGUCAAUGUUCUUUGCACUUUUCUUCUUAUGAGCACCCCAGUUGCUACCUUUGUGCCAGAGACAUUAUUGGGCUUUUUGUCACUGCAGUUACACAUAAGGUAAUACUACAUUUUUAACACUAUUGAAUUAAUAUUUAAAGAUGCCAGCAGAGCAUGUAGGUACGAAAAUAGUUGAGAUCAUUUCUGUCCAAUGAGAUGGGAGCAAACUUUCAUACAAUAAUGGUACUGGAGCUGUAAGAAGUGUCUUCUUACAGUGAAAGCUAGCUUCUGAUUGUACUGCACCACAGCAUUGUGUAUGGCUUUAAUAAGCUAUUCCUGUUAAACCAACUAGUGCCUUAAUUCUGUUGGACUGAUUUAGUUCAUCUUCAUUAAACAAUGAAGGAUUUGCUGUCCUUUUUUAUUUUUUCAUUUUUCUUGUGUACAACAAUGGUUAAUGUAAUCUCUGGAUUAUCUGA